GUCUUUGUGUGUCGAUCUAUAAUAAGCUGCUAGUUCGCAUGCAAUAUUUCAGCAGUCUUAUAGGCUUUGCGUAAGUAGAUUAGAAUUCAUAUUCAAGUCGGGAUAUAAGUUGGGAUAUAAGUUGUGACAAUCCAAGGUGAAAGCUUUAUGUACCCGGCGCCAGCAAACUAGAUCAGUUCAGAAUGAGAAGACCUCUUUAGCUACCGAAUACACUGAAUGACCAACUUAUUGAAAACCAUUGCAAGUGCGAUAAUUAUUGCCAUUUUGGUUGUAUUAUACGGUUGUGCCACCGGUCGACAUAAUUUUGGUCAUUCUUAUCAGCUAAGUGCAGAUCGCUGAAGAUUUGACUACUAACUUGAAGACAGUGCCAUAUUCAACUGAUGAAUAACACCUUCGGGCUAUAUAUAUUUCCAUAUAUUUAAUUUCAACACAAAUAAAGGAAAACGCCAAAGUGUGCUUUAGAUCAAAGAAGCUCAAGCAACGAAAGAGACGUCACUUGCCUAGAACAUCACCGCAUCUCAGUGUGUCAUCGUUCAAUUUUGAAAUACUUUUGCAAAGAUACUAUGAAUAUUUCAAGUAACAAUUCUAGUUUUCCUCCUCCAGAAUUCAAUUUAGCAAUAGUUAUGGUGUUUCUCGUGCUGGAAGGAAUUCUCGUAGUGGUUAUCAACGCACUGGUCAUCUUUCUCAUCUUUCGAAACCGUCUUCUACGCACUGUCACCAAUUUCUGCCUCGGAAGUCUAGCUCUUUCGGACAUGCUAACCGGACUAUAUGUAAUACCCUUAAUAAUAACCUGUAAUUAUCCCAGAUAUAACUAUGAUGUUUGCCUUGCUAUGGAUUUGGGAAACCGAUUCUUGGCCAUAUCAACUAUUCUUCAUCUUCUCGUCAUCACAAUGGAGCGUUACUACACCAUCGUCUUUUCCAAGUCGAAGUCAAACUCAUCUCUUAGUAAUGUCGCGUCCCUUCGUAUCUUGUUCAUGUUGUGGGUUUUUUCGCUCGCUGUUUCACUUGUCCAGCUGUUGUGGAUCAGGUCUGAGAAUGAGGACCUCAAACACAGAAUAACGAUAAUUUAUGACCUCAUUGUCUUAGGGUUGCUUGUUUUUACACCUUUAAUUCUCAUGGCUUUGGCUUACACGCACAUCUUUUGCGUCUUGAGAAGGCAAAUAAACAAGAUCAAGCGUAGCAUUAGGUACAUUAGCGAAGAAUCAAAGCUCAAACAUGAAUGGAAAGAAAGACGUGCUCUUCUCAUAUACGCUGCUAUGAUCGUUCUGUACAUCACUGGAUGGUUCAACUACUUUCUUUUAUCUCUACAGGAAGAUCUCUCGGACAAUGGGCCACCAUCGUACCCGUUAUGGGCCAAUGUAAUUCUACUCUUCCUUAGACUGAGCACUGGGAUAUUCAAUCCUAUUCUUUAUACCUUCCUGAAGCAAGAUUUCAGGACUGCUAGAAAAUCGUUGAACAUUUGUUUGUUUAGAAAACCUUCCUGUUCAAGUAAUGGGUAUUCGCAGUCAGAAGCUACAUUUGGUUUUUCUUCAGCUGUCUAUAAGAAAGACGUAGAAGCUAUUCAGUUCUUGAACAACUAUCGCUGACAACAAGAGUGAGUCCGUUUGACAUGCUCAAAUGUGGCCUGGACUAGGGACCCCAUUUUAUUGGUCAAAGUAGUUGGUACCGAAAAUUUUCCCCCCUGAUCUCCCAUCGAGGGCGUAUCCAUUUGAGUGCCUGAAGUUAAGUACACUAUCUGGCCCUCAAGGGCGUAUUCAAUUUAGACAAGGCCAAGACAAUGGUCCUGGUUAGCGACUGGUCGUUGCCAGAAGCACCCCUUCCUUCCUCGUAGGCUCCUUGGAAUGCUCUCUAUUCUGAGUAACAGACUGUAGUGACUAUUUGUAUACACAAACACGUUGUAUAGCAAACCCUGAAUCAGAUAGUUACAUUCAUUACUGGAAUUCGUCCUUUUCGGAGAUACUGACUUUAGGACUUAAUCCAUUCCGUGGAGCUUCGCGAAAUACGUCAUUCACUGGCAUGGAGGGGAGAGGUACCUGGAUCCUCCUGCGUUUUCAUUCUUUAAUCAUGUAUACCAUGCUGAAUAUUGCUUUUGGUGUUUUUUGACGAGAGAACGUCAUUUAUGUGCCGUGAAGGCCAUUCGAAAAAAUUAUGGCAACCUCUUCAGAACUUAGGUACCAAAAUACCUUGCAAGGUAGGGGAGGGGAGGGGAGGGACAUUCUCCCCUUCUCUAUCCGCCUCAGCCCCACGCGAAUAAUAGUUCGCGCAAGUCGAGAUUGGGUUGCCGCGCAUGAUAAAAUAAAGUUUUGUUAAUCGCGGCAACUCGAUCAGACCUCGAAUUGGAACUAUUAUUCGUGGUCACUGAACGGAGCUGUAAAAAUGAGUAUUAACCGAUGAUAAACCGCACAACAUGAAUGGAUAUUAUCUUCUAUUAUUCAAAUUAAGCCAUAUAUCUAGAGUAGUGAUUUGAACGAACAUUUCACAACAUAGACCCUGUAUAAGCUGUACGGCCGCAAACAGCAAAUGAUAUACCGAGUCAGUAUCGCUAUACCUGUUUCGAUAAAGUUAGUCACCAAAAACCUAGAAGCUCAGAUCACUGAGGAAUUUUUCAUAUUAAUCAAGUAAAGUUUUUUUGAUACAAACUGCAGCUUGAGGAUGCUCAGAAGAGGUGAGACUGUAACUGGUGAAAGAUGUGCAAGUCCAUCAACAGUUAUCAAGCGGUUGACAUAUGUAUAAUGUAUUUACCCAUAAUCCUUGUCGGUCUCAUCUUUGUAAUUUUUCAGGCAAAAGUAUUUAAACAAGUAUGUAAUAUGUUUACGAUCUCUAGAAAGCGCUUAUAACAAAGUUGUUUUGAAUUCUAUGAUUCAAAUAAAAUGUAAAUUGAUAAA